AUGAACUAUAAUAAUACAACUCAUAGAAGAACUUAAUCUAAUAAUGAUAUCCAACAAAUAUUAUGUGCUAGAAUUGCUGGUUUAGUAGAAGACGAAUAUUAGCAAUAGAAGCUUGAUCCCAAAAGAAUCAAUCUAGGAUCUACUCUGUUUCAAAUUCCUGAAUAGAACGAUCUCAUAUCAUCAGUUGAACAAACAACUGAAUCCUCUAAACAACAUACCUAAAUGAUCAAAGAUUUAAAUUUAUCCAAUCUGAAACCCAAUCCAUAAUAUGACAAAGAAAAUUGUAAAAACCUCUCCUCUUGUUCUGCUCUCAUUAAUUAAAUCCAAUAAAUAGUCAAGUCUGGAUCCAAUAAUAAAGAAUCUCUAUCAAAAAAACCAUUCACUUCAAUUAAUGAAGUCAUAAACAAAAAAUCUUCAACUCAAACUUAGAUGAGUUUUACCUAAGAACUCUUGAAAAGAUAAGGAUCUAACCAUCUACAAUAGCAAUAAGGAUAACCACUUAAGUAAAAUGUUACUCCUGACAGAAAAAGAGGUCCUUCUUACAGUAAUAAACCCACAAAUCAAAAAUAGCAGAAUGACUCUACACCAAAUGAAAUGUCAGGGAAAGAUUAUCUUAAAAGUAACUGCCCCAUUUCUACCUUCAAUAAUCUUAUUCGAUAAGAUUAAAAGAACUCUAAUUUUGAAGUUUGUGAUUCCUAUAGAAAUCUUGAACUCAAAAUGAAAAAAAUUGAACAAGAAAUUAGCACCAUUAAGUAAAGGCAGGAUCAUCUCGAUGAAACAAAUAGAAAUAUUCAAAAUCAAUUAAAAGAGUUCAUAAAUGAUAACAAAUAGUAAUAAGAAGUAAUUCUAUCUCUAUUUACAAUUAGUAUGAUUCUCAACAAUUAGAGAAAAUAGAACAACUCGAAUAAAUCACAAAAAGAAAUGAAGAAUCAAUAUCCUGUCUCAAGAAUCUUUUGAUAAACAAUAAUGCAAAUCAUAAAAGAAGUGAUUAAAACAAUAUCAAUUUUGGGUAAAAUAAUUUUGAUCAUUUAGAAAUAAAUAAUAAUUAGAUAGCAAUGACUUACAGAAGAAAGUUGUCGACUUUAGAACUUUGAAUCAUAAAGUAUUUUGA